AUGAAUUCGAACAACUCAUUAAGACUUAUACUCCCAAAGAACAAUGUAUGUCUAUCUACUGUUAGUUCGAGAACGUCUACCUCUGGAUCCGAUUCGCUGGUCUGUACCUUGCCUUCGCCUUCACGUAGGACAAUCGUCCCACGAAGAAAUCAGUGCCCUUCAUUGGCUGUAAACACUGAAACAACAGAAACGGAUGAUUUCAGUGAAAAGGAUAUCGUGCAUUAUGGAGAUGUUGAAUCCGGUAAUCAAGAAUUUUAUCCUCCCAGAAGCUACCGCGAACUAUAUGCUAACACGAUUGUCCCUCGUAAGCAUUUAAGAGCUACACAUCGAUGGGUUUCGCUACCAUCCCACAGUACUCCCCGAUUACCGAUUGCUUCUGUAACGCUUCCACCUGGACCGCGUCACUCUGGCUUCGACGUGAAUAAGGAAGGAAAACUGCGUCCAACUGUCAAGUUUUUGCUUCGCAUAGGUUCGGCGCUUGUACGACACCAAUACGACUCAGCGGCUGUGGAGAAGGCAAAUCCUCCUCCUCAACUACCACUUUGUAAUCGACGUAAACGCCGACGUAUAGAGGAGAAUCCAAUGCAAUCGAAUGACAAAAUAUCUUUAGUUCCAUCAGUUAAUAUUUCUCAUUUAACAUGGAAACCGAAAACUUAUCAUCGUCGCUGGGAUGAGAUAUGGAAUUACUGUACUAAUAACAAAUGUCCAUAUGUUCCUGCAUCUGCUAUGCAGUUACUACGACAUCAGGAAUUUGUUAAUAUUAAUCCGCUUGUUGUGUUUAUAGAAACACGUCCAAAAAGCGCUGAAAAUAAUGGCAGCAUGAUAAAUCUUGCAAUAGAUUAUGGUGAUUACCUGAUGAGUCGUUUUUAUGUCCCCCUUGCAGUAAAUAUGUCCAACUCGUCUUUAAGUAUGCCAAAAUACUCUUGUUCUGUAUGUGGUCGGAUUAGCAAGAGUCAGAGGGCAUUAAGUAAUCACCUUAAACGGUGA